AUGUCUAACCUCUUGUCGUUAUGCAUGCUGGUAAUUUUUUCAAUUACGUGGUUGAACGCGAAAGACUUUCCUAUUGAGAUAAUUUUAUGUCGUCAUUGUGGUUUUGAAUUAACGAAUUCCAGUGCUGUGAUUAAUGUGGCUACUGAUAAAGCUGACAGGACGAUCAAUCACACAAAGCUUGGUAAUACCUCAAUUAACGUCCAAAAAUUUCUAAAUCCAAAUGGUCAACCGUUUAACGUUUUCACCGUAAAAGAUGCAAAUGUAAAACAGGUUACAGAGCCUAUUGAUCAGUUCUCGUGGUUUCCUGGAUACUCUUGGACUGUUGUAAGUUGUCCAAAAUGUGGAAUUCAUCUUGGGUGGCUAUUCAAAAAUAUUUCCCCUAAACUUCGUCAAAAUACUAUAACGCAGUUCGUAGGUCUAAUUUAUGAUCAAGUUGUUAGCGAAAACUUCCAUGUGAGUUCUCACGUGUGGGUCAGUAUAACAGCCAAGAGUUUAAAUUCGAUAUUAAUUAUAAAUUUGUUAUCGACUGUCGAAAUAAUUGAAAUUGCUGUAUAA